UAGACCAAAUUCGUUUUAUCACUUAAAUCUUGACACAUUUAUCAAAACACUCGAAAAAGCUUUCUAAAUAACUCAUUAUAACAAAUUACCAAGAAUGAAUUAAUGCAUAAUUUCAUACUAUCUUUACAUAUCGACAACAUAUGGUCCUCUCCAAUUUAUGACUGAAUAAAAACCCGACAUCAUUUUCAAAUAAGUUCAUUUUGUUUUCUGUGUUGAGUGAUUUAGUGAAUAAAAUCAUCAUGUCCGCAAAUUUUGAAAACACACACUCAAAUCGAGCUUUUGCCAAACCAAAAACGUUUUUUUGGCAUUUUAGACCGGUUGCUGUGAUGUAUAUGUUAAUAGGAAUUAUGCCAUUAAAAAACAUUCUUCAUUGUGAUAGUACACUGCUGAGAUUUUCGGUGUUUAGUUACCAGUUUAUAUACAGCCUUAUUAUAUUUAUCGUUACUAUUAUUGGGAUGGUAAAUUUUAGAGAUCCGCUUUAUUUGAUUCAAGAAGCUAUUAACUUUAGGAAUAAUUACGUUUGGAGAUAUAUGGUUAUUUUAUUAGUGGUCAUACGAUCAAUAUUGUCUUAUUAUUUUUGUACGACGAAAUCAAGAAAAUUGGUGAAGUUAAUUCAAAUCCUCGAAUUGUUUGAUUACAAGAAAAGUAAAGCGUUUAAAGGAACUGCUUGGGAAGCAUCGAGAAGAUUGUUGGUGUGGACUAUAUUGCCAAUUCUUUCUGGGAUUACUUUAGCGAGUUCUCUAGCUGUAUUAUUUAUGCAAUUCACUAAAAUCACGUUUUAUAAUGGAAAACAAACAUUUAAUCAACAACAUAUUUUUGUUGGGAUGAUCGGAGCUUGGCAGAUGACCCCUAUUUUACUUUAUAACUAUUUCGCUUUUGUGAUAUUCUAUAAUUUUCACGAUAUCAAAAAAACUGCGCUUAAUCACAUCCCUAUUAAAGCUUUACACAAAGAUAAGAAUAUUUGUAUACCUCCGGAUUUUAAAAUGAUAUUGUUGAACUUAAAUCAAAUGUACUUUUUAAUGGGGGACGCUGUAAAAUAUCUUGGGAAAAUGUUUGGGUGGUAUCUCGCGGUGGAUCAAUUCUAUAUUAUCGUGAUGUUUGUUUUGAAUUUGUACAUUUAUUUUUUUACUGAGAAUAUAAAGGACCAAAAUUUAUUGUUUUGCAUCAUUAUAAACGCGUUCUUGAACUUUAUUGUUAUAAAUGUGUCGCAUAAAAUUAGCGAGGAAGCCAAUAACAUCGUUGAGUUCAUGCAAAAACUUCCACCGUUGAUUUUAGAUGGCGAAGAUAAAUCGGAAAUACAACUUAUUCUUUCUCAAAUACUUUCAUCUUCGGUUCAAGUUUCCGCGGGAGGAUUUUUUAAUAUUAAUCGACAACGAAUACCUGCGGUGUUAUCAUCGAUUGCAACAUAUUUAAUAGUAUUAGUUCAAUUUACAAAGCAAGGAAUCUACAAUAAUAAUCAAAAUGAAACAAAAUCAUUAUCGAUAAACUAGAAGAAUUUUAUAAACAACAUCAUAGGUAAAUCAAAAAUAUUUAUUUGACUGGGCGAAAUUAACAUAAAUAAUUAUAAUAAAUAUCUUAUGUUUGUGUGUAUACUUAAAGCUAUAUUUACAAAAAAAUAAAUCCGUCAGAAAAUACUUAUA